AUGUGCACAUUGUUACUGCUAUUAUCCUUGCUAUCCAUUCACGUUCUGUGUGUGUACGGCGAGGGUUUCUCACUGUCGCCCAUCGAACUUGCUCCCAUUCCCUGUAAUGACAAAGCAGUGGAGAAGCUGUCUCGCCUGGCUGUCACUUACAUCAAUGAGGAUCGCACUGAUGGCUACAAGUUUGCUCUCAACCGCAUUGCAAAUGUCCACCUGCACGCUCAGGGCCCAGCAGGCAAUGUCUAUUACCUGGACCUGGAUGUCCUGGAGACCAAGUGUCACAUAGGCAGCCCAAAACCAUGGAAACGCUGUGACGUCAGACCAUUCAUGGAAACACAAAUCUCUGGCAACUGCAAUACCACAAUUCUCCACACACCAGAGGGAUACUCCUACCUGUACAGCUACGACUGCACUCUUGUCCCAGACCCCCCAGAGAAUCUCCAGCAGACCUGUCCAACCUGCCCCCUCCUGCUCCCUGUAGAGAGCCCACAGGCUGUGAGCGCUGCUAAGGUCACUCUGGCGUCCUAUAAGAGACAGUCCACACUGGGUGCAGGGCUGGGAGUGAAGAAGAUCACCCGAGCUGCAGCGCAGGUUGUGCCAGUGAAAGCCAGCUUUGUGGAGUACAUAGUCCAAGAGUGUCCAGAGGGAGUGACAGAAAGAGGCACCUGCCAGCGACUCACGCUUGAGUCUGACACUGAGACUGCAGGUUUCUGUGCCGGAUCUGUGCACGGAGACUUGAACGUCCAUCCUGAUGUCCAGGUGUCCUGUGAGAUGUUUAAAGCAAAGAAUGUCGACAUCCUGAGACCAGUGCAGCCUCAAGGUCACAACCUCCCCCAAGACCCUGCGAUCCCGACCUUCCCGUCUCUGUUUGAUGACCCAGGAAAUUAUCCGCUGCCUGUUCCCUCUGACCCCACACUGCCCCCUGCUGUUCAACCAGCGCCGUUUGACCCCACACCCAUUCUCUCCUUUGACCCUGUGCUUCUUGACCCUGUGCCUCUUGACCCUGUGCCCUUUGACCCUGUACCGUUUGACCCCCCUGUUGUUGUCAACCCCUCUAACCCCUUCACCUCCUCUUCCAGUGAGUCUGCUGAAGAUCUAGUAAAACAGCAACAGCGACCACCAGGUGCUAAUCCUUUUGCUUCAUCCUCUGAAGAGAUAGGAGCUCCCGUAGCACUACGACCACCCUUCAACUUCCGCUACCUGAGGCGUGAUCGCAAGAAACGGCAGGCCCUGAUGGAGACCUCAACCACUCAUAACCCCACCUUCCUGUCUGAUUUCCCCAAUGGGUCUUCUCCUUUCCGCUCCUGCCCCGGUCCUGCUCGAUACACCACAGUUUAACGUUUAGUUUAGUUUAGUGGGCGGACUGGUAAUCUGCUCUGCUCCCUGUCACUGGAGGCUGGUAAAGAUUUGUGUUGAUGAGAGGAAUACUAUCUCUUCUCCCAGCCCUGAAAUGACCUUUCUGCUGCCUUUUUAAUACUGCUCCCAAAGCAGCCAAAGCUUAAACCAUAUUGAAAAUGGCUUCAAAUAUUUGAACUAUUUUAAUAAAUCUUAGUUUGAAUACCCUGUUGACUGCUUGCUUGAUAUAGUUAUAAGUACCAAUACUUACGGUAUCUAUUGUAGUGGUAAAAAGCCAUACAUUUUAGAUUUUUGAGCUGAAUAUUUUUGAGCUGAAUAUUUAAGAGCUGAACCUAAUAGAUGAUUUAUAGAUAAGUUGAUUGAAAGAACA